GUAGUACAGUAAAACAUGAUGCACUUUUGUUUUUUGGUGUUAUGUAACUGCAACUCUCUCUCUCUCAUCUUUGUUCUUACUUGAAAUCCAACUCCAAAUACUUUCCUCUUUUAAUUCCACUCCACCACUACUUCACUUCUCCAAGUUCCAUUCCAUGUUUUUAGCAACGUUUUCACAAAACACACGUAACUGUUUUCACUUCACUUUUUUGGUUCAUGUUUCUUAAUUGUUUGUUGUGUGUGUAAAUGGAUUAUAUAAUCAAUAAGGAAUAGAAGAAGAGAAAAAGAAAAAGAGAUGAAAGAAGAAUCUACAGGAUUAAUCAUUGGAAUUUCUAUAGGUGUUGUAAUUGGAGUUGUUUUAGCAAUUUCUGCAUUGAUCUGCUUUAGAUAUCAUAGGAAGAGAUCACAGAUAGGGAAUAGUAGUUCUCGGAGGGCCGCUGCAAUACCGAUUCGCACAAAUGGUGCUGAUUCUUGUACUAUUUUAUCAGAUUCAACCUUAGGUCCUGAAUCACCUGUAAGGUCUGGUAGAAAUGGCAUGAACUUUUGGAUUGAUGGUUUCAAGAAAAGUAACAUGAUUUCUGCAUCUGGAAUACUUGAAUAUUCAUACAAGGACUUGCAAAAGGCAACAUAUAAUUUUACAACACUAAUAGGACAAGGUGCAUUUGGUCCUGUAUAUAAAGCUCAAAUGUCUACUGGUGAGACUGUUGCAGUUAAAGUUCUUGCAACCAAUUCUAAACAAGGGGAGAAAGAAUUUCACACAGAGGUUAUGUUGUUGGGAAGGUUACACCAUAGAAACUUGGUCAAUUUGGUUGGAUAUUGUGCAGAAAAGGGUCAACAUAUGCUUGUUUAUGUUUACAUGAGUAAAGGCAACUUGGCUUCCCACUUGUACAGUGAAGAGAAUGGGAAUCUGGGCUGGGAUUUGAGGGUUCAUAUAGCUUUAGAUGUAGCAAGAGGCUUGGAGUAUCUUCAUGAUGGGGCAGUUCCUCCUGUCAUUCAUCGCGACAUCAAAUCUAACAAUAUUCUCUUGGAUCAGUCCAUGCGAGCCCGGGUUGCUGAUUUUGGACUUUCAAGAGAAGAGAUGGUGGAUAAACAUGCUGCUAUUCGUGGCACCUUUGGCUAUCUGGAUCCUGAAUAUAUAUCAUCCGGGACAUUCACCAAAAAAAGCGAUGUAUACAGUUUUGGAGUGUUGCUCUUUGAACUUAUAGCUGGCCGAAAUCCUCAGCAGGGUCUUAUGGAACAUGUUGAACUUGCAGCAAUGAACUCCGAGGGAAAAGUUGGUUGGGAGGAGAUUGUUGAUUCAAAGCUCGAAGGAAAAUGUGAUUUCCAAGAGGUGAAUGAAGUGGCAGCACUUGCAUACAGAUGCAUCAACCGUUCCCCAAGGAAGCGUCCUUCGAUGAGGGACAUAGUUCAAGUAUUGACUCGGAUCCUUAAAGCAAGGCAUCAGAGGAAUCAUCACAAGAAGUCUCUUUCGGCCACAACAGAUGAAGUUGCAAUUGAUGUUGAUGAGCCAGAAAAUAAGGGUCAUGUUACUGACCACAGAAGAGAUGAAUCUAUAGAUAGUCGCCACAGAAGAGAUGAAUCUAUAGAUAGUGCAACUGACAUGUAUGAUUUGUAACAAAAAUAGCUUUAUAUUUAGUUCUUUUAUUUUCUAUUGUUUUAUUUUUAUUUAUUUUUUGGCUUUGGAUAAUGAUCUUUAUUAGACAUUAGGCUUUGAGUGAGUUAAUGAUGUUUGGCAUCAUCUUCUGUAGUUUUGUGUAACAUUCUUUUUUUUUUUUACAUUAUUUUUUACUUUAUUGUUUCAUUCUCUUGCCUUAGUUCUGUUGUCUCGCAGAACAGAAACUCCUAAAUUUGUAUAUUAUUACUUUCAUGAAUGAAAUUGAUGUGAAAAAAGGGUUACUUUCA